GCAAGCGGGCGACGAGAGUGCAGUUCAUCAAAGAAGGAUUCGCUCGCACCGUUGCCGCGACGCGGGAGGUCAUCCUGUCAGCCGGAGUCAUCGGGUCAGCCCAUCUGCUCCUGCUCUCCGGCGUGGGGCCCAAGGAGCACCUCGAGCAAUUCAAGAUUCCGGUCGUUGCCGACCUGAAGGGCGUGGGCGAAAACCUGAUGGAGCACGUCUACGUCGGGGGCGUGAGCGCCACCGUGUCUCGCAAGCUGGACAUCGAUAUCACGCCCUUCGCCGGUCCAGUCAUGUACUACACGCAGAACAAGGGGCCUUGGACCAUUCCUGGUGGCGUGGAGACUGUGGCAUUCGUCAAGACCCAGGCGGCCAACGAGACCCCGACUGUGCCGGACAUUGAGAUAGUGCUCUACUCCAUGUCCCCGGCCUCGGAAGAAGGAGAGCGUUUCAUGCUGGACAUCGGGCUGGACCCGAAGGUGUACGACGAGUACUACCUGCCCCUCCGGGGCACCCACGGCUACAACCUGGCCCCGAUCCUGCUCCGGCCAAAGUCCCGGGGCGUGCUCCGGCUCCGGAGCGUCAACCCGGAGGAACCCCCGCUCAUCGACCCGCGGUACCUGUCGCACCCGGACGACGUCAAAGUCAUCGUCCAAGGCAUGAAGGUGGCCAUGCGGAUCGCCGAAGCGCCGUCCUUCCGCGCCCUGGGCUCCGAGAUGUGGCCCCGGCACUUCCCGGGCUGCGAGCAGCAGCUGCUCUGGAGCGACGCGUACCUCGAGUGCCUGGCGCGGCAGUUCACCACGGCGCUGUGGCAUCCCGCCGGCACCUGCAGGAUGGGCAAGGGGCCCGACGCCGUCGUCGACCCCAGGCUCAGGGUCCUCGGUGGAGUCGAAAACCUCCGUGUCGUGGACGCAUCCAUAAUGCCCGAGCAGGUGUGCGGACACCUCAACGCACCCACCAUGAUGAUCGCCGAAAAGGCGGCGCACAUGAUUCUCGAGGACUUGGAUGCAAAGCUGAAACAAGAAGCGCUCCAUGAGCCGGGCCUCCCACUGACCGCGAAGAACUUGUCUCAGUGAAACGCCACCCCGAAAAAGGGCAUCGGAUGGGAAGAGACCGUCAAUGGAGGCCUGUCGGCGACACUCUUUCACCUUCACCGCGAGGAUGCCAAAAGAAAUCGAAGCCAAUUCAAAGCAGUCCGAGCGUCGUGGGACCUUCGGGA